GGGUAUUUUCUUCUUUUUUGCGCUUAUGUCAAUAAGGCUAUAUAUCGAUUAAAGUCGUUGAGACACGAGUUAAUAAUUUCAGGCGAUAGUAACAAAUUCAAUUUGUAAAAUCGUCCAAAAGAUUUAGCCUGCCGCCUGUGUUUCUCACAGUUUUUGUUAUUAGGAACAAAAUUAAUUACUAAUGUAUCCCAAAAAAAUGUUGACGUUAACAAAAAUUAACAAAGAGUUACUCUGUCAACGCGGGUUUUCAUUUGUAGACGAUAGUAGUAUUGACAAUUUUUUUUUUUGCAGAUGGAAAAUCGCUUUAUUUUUCACACAAACUGUCAAAGGGAGCAAAAUCAAUCUCAAGAAAACUGUUGAUUCAGGACUAAUUUUUUUUAGCUACAUAUUUCACUUUUAUGUAGGUAAGAAAGCAGGACUCGCACAGGGUAAAAUGGUUAUUAAUGCAGAAUAGAGCUUUUCUGGGGGUAGCAUAAGAUCCAAGAGAACUGGAAUUAAAUUUUAACUAUGUUCUUCUAAUUCUUCUUAGAAAACUUCACUAAUUUUAAGCGAAUAUUUCUUUUUUUUUUGACGGAUUUCUUUGAUUAUUGUGGUCUGUUGUUUAUAUUUUCUACCUAUAGAAAUGCUUGUGGAUGUGCAAAAUAACCACAAACUUUUUAACUUUUGUAAACAUUGGCAAGUCAUCUAUAAGAGUGUAUUCUCUUUUUAUUAUAUUAUAUUUUUAUUAUAAGAAUGCGCUUUCUUUCAGGCUGCAAGGGCUUUUACGUUUUUGUGAAAUGUUUAGAACAAUAUGUCGAAAUAAAAAUGAUUGCGGAACUUACGUAAACAGGUGGAGUUUGUUUGCUCCUCAUUCAUAAGUUUAACACAAGAAUUCAAAUUUACAAAACAAAAAAUAGAAAUCUAUAACACUUUGGCGCAAUUAAAUCGUUGAUGAAUCAAUAAAUUUUACGUUUUUGAAACGCCAACAUGCGACAGACCAAUUGUUCAUCCGAUGGUGUUAAAUACUCAGUUCAUUUAUACUUUCAUUCAGUAAUUAUAUCUGUUGGAAUUCUCAUCGCAAUGUUCACAAUCACUUUCAACGCCAUUUACUUAUUCUCCAUGGUCAAAUGCCGCCACAAUCUGUUAUCUGCAGAUUUACCCUAUAUCAUGUUAUCGAUAAGCGACUCCCUUGCAGGAUGCGUGUACAUGCCGACUUGGUGUUUGUCAUGGACUCUUUUUCUUUUACUAAAAAGUCCGUGUGCAUUAUGGAAUAUUGUUGGAGCGUGUGGCCAUGUUCUAGCAUCCAUGUCCGCUACUACCAUUGCAGUAAUUUCACUGGAUUUAUACGUCUCUAUACUUCAUCCAUUUUUUCACCAAACCCACUCUUCAAAGAGAAGAUCUUUCUUUCUUAUCACAUUUUGGUGGUUGUUUACUACCUUCAUAACAAUUGUUUUCACUACAUAUCUCUUGGAUUUUUGGCAUGUUUAUGAAUAUAUUUCUGUCAUUUUUGUUGCAUUUAUCGUGUUUUGUCUAUCCCUCCUACAUUUGAAAAUAUUUCUGGAAAUUCGAAGAAUUCGUACAAGAAUAAAAGAUAAUACUGUGGAACGUCAAAAAAUUAUUAAAGUUCAAAGAAAAGCUUUUAAAAUGGGCAUCAAAGUAUUUGCAGUUUUUUGUUUUUGUUAUAUUCCCAUCAGCUUGUGUUUAAUUUACGGAACGUUGGUCAAUACGUCAACAAUUUUGAUUAGUUGUGUGGAACAAGUAGCUAUUCUUGUUCUUUAUUCAAACCCAAUGUUGGAUCCGUUUAUAUACUACUUUAGAUUGAGUCGUAUCCGCACAAAAGUUUUUCAGUCGUUUGGAAAGAAAAAUAGGAUUGGUGCAACGUCUUCGUGUUGUAAUUUACAAAGUUUUACUGCGAGAAGAGUCACGUACAAAGGAGAAAUGGAAAUUGUAAUGUUAUCUCGAAUGGUGUGUGACUUUAAUAGUGACCAAGUUUGUUCCUGGAUAAUAGAAUGUUACUAUAAAAUCUUGCAAACUUUUAGCAAGAAUAAUUCUCCGUUGUUUUUAUAUUGAUGUUUUUACUCAAGAAUAUCCAUCAUCGAUGACGAAAAUGACUUCAACAUCGAGAUUACGCAGCAGCUGUAAUGAAUAAAUAAAUCCAAAAGCUGGACUAAUUAGAUAGCUUAAUACACCUUUCCCGAAUUAGUUUUCUUCGAUGUAUCGCUGUUAUUUCUCGACUUUGUUAAACAAAAUGAAUGUGAUUUUUGAAAUCCUCACCUGAAACUUGAUAAAAUGUUUAAUCUUUUAACAAUCUUCUAAUUGAAUUUUGCUUGAAACCGAGGCUUAUUACUACAAGUCGAAAAUUAAAAAGACUUUCACCGUAACAUUAAUACCACCAAAACAGUAUUUUCACG